CUAGAAGAGAUAGAUUAUAGAACUGGAGCAAUAAAUUAUGCUAGGCAUCUCUCAAUGGGAAUUUCAUCAAUUUGCUUCAAAUUCUCGAUUGUUCUCUCCCUAUCCCUCGCCGUUUCUUCUUCUUCGUCCUCAUGCUCAUCAUUCUUUCAUCGAGUUUUCUCAUGCUCGACAAGUGCUUCUUCUUCGACCACUCCCAAAGCCUCUGCAUCGGAUAUCCUCUCACUCCUUGGAAGCAGAGAACAAGCGUCCACAGUAAACCCCAAAGCAGCACAAGAGCUCAGGUCCUGCUUCAAGUUUCUCGUACCAUUUCAUCCUGUUCCCUCGGAGAAGGAAUAUGAGACGUUUUGCAUCCGAGGAAGAAAUUUUCUCUCCGCAGAAGAAGGUAGCAAACGGAAGUUCGCGAGGAAGUUUAUCUCAGAUCCCAAACGGGAGCAGGAGGACGAGCUUGUUUGGUGGCCGCCAGAGCCGGUGAUGGAACUCGCUCGUAUCGCCGUUGACUCUGGUGGGGAUCCUGCCGCGAUACAGAGGAUUCUAGAUCCAACGCCGUUGCCUGUACCUGAUGUCGAAGGAUCAAUAAAAGACCGGUGCGAGCUUACAAGGACCCCGUACGGAAGACGCUUCAUCAAUGAGGAAUUGAACUCAUAUCUUGCAUUCUUAUUCGAAGUUAUUGCUGCUCGUGGUCCCUCUGUUGGAUUGACUGUAUCAUUAAAUCGCUAUGAUUUCUUUCAUGGCCAUCUUUUUCUUGCGGCAGACUCUGGAAGGCUUGGUAAAUUGUUCCAUGCUAAAGAAUACCCAGCUUAUGAAAAGGUUGUAUUUCCUUACAAUAUGGGCUUCUGUCAAAUAGGAUCCAAUGUCAGAUAUGAUGAUUCAAUGAAUCUGCGGAACAUUCUCUGGUUGGCUCCAUUACCUAGCAAUUCCACUAAAGCUUGGCUGUCGCCUGGAGUCCUGGUGGUCCUGGAUGCUUAUCCUGGAGGUAUCAUAUAUAAGGAUAUCAUACCAGAUUAUGUACAAUAUGCAAGGACCAUCUAUGAAGAUGAUUUCGGGGAUGUUGUAGUUGAUGUCAACUACUUGAAUAUAGGAGAAGGGGCUGCUGAUUACAAGAUUUUCAUUUGUUGAACCCGUUUUAAG